GUGGGAAGUUAGUGGCGCUGCUGGGGCUGAGGGAAGGAGAAGGCUCUUCCUCCUCGGCUCCUCUCGGGCGGCGGCACCGCGUGCUGAACGAUGCUGACGGACGGCGGGGGCGGCGGCGGCGGCGGCGGCCCCUCGGAGGAGGAUGUGGACUCGGGGACGCCGCGCUCGGGCCCGGCCGGGGCCUCGGAGUCGCCCGCGCCGGGCGGGGCCGGGCCGGGGCCGGGGCCGGGGCCGCUCCGCGCGGGGCGGAUGUGCGGGGAGGCCGGGCCCAACGCCCACAGCGGAGCCGGAGAAGGGAGCGCGGACGCGGCGCUCGAUUUCAAGCUGGCGGCCGCCGUGCUGCGCACCGGAGGCGGCGGCGGCGGCGGCGGCUCGGGCAGCGACGAGGACGAGGUGUCUGAGGUCGAGUCAUUUAUUUUGGACCAAGAAGAUCUGGACAACCCAGUGCUCAAAACAACCUCGGAGUUGUUCUUAUCGAGUGCCGCCGAAGGAGCGGACUUGCGGACGGUGGAUCCGGAGACACAAGCGAGGUUGGAAGCGUUGCUAGAAGCAGCAGGAAUCGGCAAGCUGUCCACCGCCGACGGUAAAGCCUUUGCAGACCCCGAGGUGCUCCGGAGGCUGACCUCCUCCGUCAGCUGCGCGCUGGACGAGGCCGCGGCCGCGUUAACCCGGAUGCGAGCAGAGAACAGCCAGAAUGCAGGGCAAGCGGACAAUCGCAGUUUGGCCGAAGCUUGCUCCGAUGGGGAUGUGAAUGCUGUCCGAAAACUGCUGGAUGAAGGGAGGAGCGUAAAUGAGCAUACUGAGGAAGGCGAGAGCCUGCUCUGUUUGGCCUGUUCGGCUGGCUACUAUGAAUUGGCACAAGUGUUGCUUGCCAUGCAUGCUAACGUGGAAGAUCGAGGGAAUAAAGGAGACAUAACUCCACUAAUGGCAGCUGCCAGUGGAGGCUACGUAGAUAUUGUGAAACUGUUACUGGUUCACUGUGCAGAUGUCAACGCCCAGUCUUCUACAGGAAACACAGCACUAACCUACGCCUGUGCCGGGGGAUUCGUCGACAUCGUGAAAGUACUUCUGAAAGCGGGUGCUAACAUAGAAGACCAUAACGAGAACGGACACACUCCGUUAAUGGAGGCGGCCAGCGCGGGGCACGUGGAAGUCGCAAGGGUUCUUCUAGAGUAUGGUGCAGGCAUCAACACUCAUUCUAACGAAUUUAAAGAAAGUGCACUUACGCUCGCUUGCUAUAAAGGCCAUUUAGAUAUGGUUCGUUUUCUGCUUGAAGCUGGUGCUGAUCAGGAGCACAAGACAGAUGAGAUGCACACGGCGUUAAUGGAGGCGUGCAUGGACGGCCACGUCGAGGUAGCCCGGUUGCUUCUAGACAGCGGCGCCCAGGUCAAUAUGCCGGCGGACUCGUUCGAGUCCCCGUUGACGUUAGCCGCCUGUGGGGGUCACGUGGAGCUGGCGGCUCUGCUGAUCGAAAGGGGAGCCAAUCUGGAGGAAGUGAAUGACGAAGGGUACACCCCCUUGAUGGAGGCUGCUCGGGAAGGGCAUGAGGAGAUGGUAGCCCUCCUCCUGGCCCAAGGAGCAAAUAUCAACGCCCAGACAGAAGAAACGCAAGAAACGGCCCUCACCCUCGCCUGCUGCGGCGGGUUCUCCGAAGUGGCCGACUUCCUGAUUAAGGCCGGCGCCGACAUCGAGCUCGGCUGCUCCACCCCGUUAAUGGAGGCAGCUCAAGAGGGUCACCUCGAGUUGGUUAAAUACCUCCUAGCUGCAGGCGCUAACGUUCACGCCACCACAGCCACAGGGGACACCGCUUUGACAUACGCGUGUGAGAACGGACAUACGGACGUGGCCGACGUUCUGCUCCAGGCGGGGGCUGAUUUAGACAAGCAGGAGGACUUAAAGAAGACUAUAUUGGAGGGCAUAGAGGCGGCCAGGCAUCAGGAGCACGAAUCCGAAGGUGGGAGAACACCUCUAAUGAAAGCCGCAAGAGCUGGUCAUCUGUGCACCGUUCAGUUUCUCAUUAGUAAAGGUGCCAAUGUGAACAGGGCCACCGCCAACAACGACCACACAGUAGUGUCCCUGGCGUGUGCAGGAGGCCACCUGGCCGUUGUCGAGCUCCUGCUGGCCCACGGGGCCGACCCUACACAUAGACUCAAGGAUGGCUCGACCAUGCUCAUCGAAGCAGCAAAGGGCGGCCACACAAACGUCGUUUCCUAUUUACUGGAUUACCCAAACAACAUUCUGUCCAUUCCUGCCACCGACAUGUCCCAGCUCACCCCACCUUCUCAGGAUCAGUCUCAGGUUCCCCGUGUUCCAGUGCAUGCCCUCGCCAUGGUGGUACCUCCCCAGGAACCUGACCGAGCCCCUCAAGAGAACUCCCCUUCACUCUUAGGACUUCAGAAAGGUACAGCCAAGCAGAAGCCAAGUUCCGUGCAGGUAGCAGAACAGAACCUCCUACCACCUUUUCACCCAUACCAGCCCUUGGAGUGCAUAGUAGAGGAGACUGAAGGCAAACUGAAUGAACUGGGACAGAGAAUUAGUGCCAUUGAAAAAGCCCAGCUGAAGUCCCUGGAAUUGAUUCAGGGAGAGCCCCUGAACAAAGAUAAAAUUGAAGAGCUCAAAAAGAACCGCGAAGAGCAGGUCCAGAAGAAGAAGAAGAUCCUGAAGGAGCUGCAGAAAGUGGAGAGGCAGUUGCAGAUGAAAACCCAGCAGCAGUUCACCAAAGAAUACCUGGAGACCAAAGGCCAGGCGGACAAAGCGGCUCCCCAGCAGCCGUCGUGCCCCCAGCGGGGCGGCUCCCCGGAAGGGGACGGAGACGGCGGCGGCGGUGGCGGCGGCCUCCUCCCUGAGGAUCACUUGGCGGCGGCCCCUCCAGUCGAUGCCGGGUCCGCAAAGGACGAGGGCAAGGAAGACGAGGCCGAGGAGCGGAGGUCUACCCCGCCCGCCGAGCAGAUCGAUUUUGUCCCCAUCCAGCCCCUGCCGCCUCCCCAGUGCAACUUUCCCGGUGACUUAGGCUAUAACGGGACGAAUGCUCUUGAACUUCAGAAAGUAUUAGGGAAUCAGCAGAAUGUAGGACAGCCACAGAUUGCUGGACGUGGGCAGGGGCUCUUAGUUCAAGAACCAGAUGGAUUAAUGGUUGGCACCCCAGCACAGACGCUUACCGACACUCUUGAUGACCUGAUAGCAGCUGUGAGUAGCCGAGUGCCCGCUGGGCCCAACAGUUCCUCACACACCACAGAGUCCCCCACACCAGAGCCCUGCUCGCAGACUACGGCCACGGCCGCGUCCCAGUCCGUCCUCCCCAUGUACCCCUCCGUUGACAUCGACGCCCACACUGAGAGCAACCACGACACGGCCCUGACCCUCGCGUGUGCGGGUGGCCACGAGGAACUGGUGUCGGUCCUGAUUGCACGGGAAGCCAAGAUCGAGCACAGAGACAAGAAGGGUUUCACUCCCCUGAUCCUGGCCGCCACCGCGGGCCACGUUGGAGUAGUGGAAAUCCUCUUAGACAAAGGCGGCGACAUAGAAGCACAAUCGGAACGAACCAAGGACACGCCGCUUUCGCUCGCGUGCUCCGGUGGGCGGCAAGAGGUGGUGGACCUGCUGCUGGCCCGAGGGGCCAACAAAGAGCACAGGAACGUCUCGGACUACACCCCGCUGAGCCUGGCGGCGUCCGGGGGAUACGUUAACAUCAUCAAGAUUCUGCUCAACGCUGGAGCCGAAAUUAAUUCGAGGACCGGGAGUAAGCUGGGCAUCUCUCCUCUGAUGUUGGCCGCGAUGAACGGUCACGUCCCCGCCGUGAAACUGCUGCUGGACAUGGGUUCGGACAUCAACGCCCAGAUCGAAACCAAUCGGAACACGGCCCUCACCCUGGCCUGUUUCCAGGGCAGGGCGGAGGUGGUGAGUUUGCUUUUGGACAGAAAGGCAAACGUCGAACAUCGAGCCAAGACCGGCCUCACCCCUCUGAUGGAAGCCGCCUCUGGAGGGUACGCCGAAGUGGGCAGAGUCCUCCUCGACAAAGGAGCGGACGUCAACGCGCCUCCCGUGCCUUCGUCCAGGGACACGGCUCUCACGAUCGCAGCCGACAAAGGCCACUACAAAUUUUGUGAGCUCCUGAUCAACAGGGGAGCCCACAUUGACGUCAGAAACAAGAAGGGAAACACGCCACUCUGGUUGGCGGCCAACGGAGGCCACUUUGACGUCGUCCAGUUACUGGUGCAGGCGGGAGCCGACGUGGAUGCCGCAGACAACCGCAAGAUCACCCCCCUCAUGUCGGCUUUUCGCAAGGGCCACGUGAAAGUCGUUCAGUAUCUGGUGAAAGAAGUGAACCAGUUUCCCUCUGACAUCGAGUGCAUGAGAUACAUAGCAACCAUCACGGAUAAGGAACUAUUGAAAAAAUGCCACCAGUGUGUCGAGACAAUUGUGAAGGCCAAGGACCAGCAAGCCGCCGAAGCAAAUAAGAACGCGAGCAUCUUACUGAAGGAACUUGACUUGGAGAAAUCAAGAGAGGAAAGCCGAAAGCAGGCCCUGGCAGCCAAGAGAGAGAAGAGGAAGGAGAAGAGAAAAAAGAAAAAGGAAGAACAGAAAAGAAAGCAGGAAGAAGACGAGGAGAACAAGCCCAAGGAGAACUUGGAGCUCCCAGAGGAUGACGACGAAGAGGAAAAUGACGAAGAAGCGGAGCCCGAAGUCCCCAUAGAGCCUCCCAGCGCGACCACGACCACCACGAUCGGCAUCUCGGCCACGUCGACCACCUUCACCAACGUGUUCGGGAAGAAGCGGGCCAACGUGGUGACGACCCCCAGCACCAACCGGAAGAACAAGAAGAACAAGACGAAGGACACGCCUCCGAACGUGCAGCUCAUCCUUCCCGACCAGCACAUAUCCCUCGCCCAGCAGAAGGCGGACAAGAACAAAAUCACGGGGGAGCCGCGCGGCGGGGCCGGCGGGGCCGGCGGGAACAGCGACUCCGACAACCUGGACAGCACGGAUUGCAACAGCGAGAGCAGCAGCAGCGGCGGCAAAAGCCAGGAGCUGAACUUCACCAUGGACGUCAACUCCUCCAGCGAGCGCAGAUACGCGUCACUGCUCCUCCACUCCCACGAAGAGAAACCUGGCAACAGCAGCGGCAGCAGCGGCGGCACUGCUGCGGCCAAAGCUCCGACCAGGCCCGAGAGCGAAGCCAACCCCGGCUCCCUGUCGACCAACUACAAAUCGGUCUCGCUGCCGUUGAGCUCUCCAAACCUCAAGCUAAACCUCACCAGCCCUAAAAGGGGGCAGAAGCGAGAAGAAGGUUGGAAAGAGGUCGUGCGGAGGUCGAAGAAGCUGUCCGUCCCCGCCUCAGUCGUGUCGAGGAUAAUGGGACGAGGUGGCUGUAACAUCACUGCCAUUCAGGACGUCACCGGGGCCCACAUCGACGUGGACAAGCAGAAGGAUAAGAACGGCGAGAGAAUGAUCACCAUAAGGGGCGGCACCGAAUCAACCAGGUAUGCCGUGCAGCUCAUCAACGCCCUCAUCCAAGACCCCGCCAAGGAGCUGGAAGACCUCAUCCCGAAAAACCACAUCCGAACCCCGGCCAGCACCAAGUCGAUCCACGCGAACUUCUCGUCGGGCGUGGGCCCCCCGGCCCCGGCCUCCAGCAAGCCGGCCUUCCCGCUGGGCGCCCCGCCCCUGGUGACGUCCCAGGCCCCGACGCUGUCCACCUUCCAGCCUCCCAGCAAACUGAACAAGAACGUUCCGGCGAACGUGCGUUCGUCCUUCCCGGUGUCUCUGCCUCUCGCUUACUCCCACCCUCACUUCGCCCUGCUGGCGGCCCAAACUAUGCAACAGAUCCGGCACCCCCGCUUGCCCAUGGCCCAGUUUGGCGGCACCUUCUCGCCCUCCCCGAACACGUGGGGCCCGUUCCCCGUGAGACCGGUGAACCCCGGCAGCACCAACGGCUCGCCGAAGCAUAACAGCGCAGGGGCCCGCCUGCCCGGCCAGAGCAACGGGAACGUCUUGCCGCCGGAGGCCCCCGGGCUGGCCCCACCCAGCUGCCCCGCGGCCGGGUCCUCGGCAGCCACCGCCGCCGCCGCCGCCGCCGCCGCCGCCUCCUCGUCGUCCUCCUCCUCGACCUCGUCCCAGCCGCCGGGCGGGACCAGCAGCCGGACCCCUUCGUCUGUCCGCAAGCAGCUGUUCGCCUGCGUCCCGAAGACGAGCUCCGGGGCUACCGUCGUCCCCACGGUGACCAGCGCCUGCAGCGCCCCGCCUCCCGCCGCCUCCGCCCCCGCCGCCGGCGGACAGGUCCUGACGGCCUUCCUGCCCCCCAGCGCGCCCCAGCCCCCGCUCUCCGGACAUAAGACGGACUCCUCUUUCCCGGCCGGCCCCGCGCCCAAGGAGAAGGCGGCUCUGCCUGAGCCGGCCCCGGCCGCCGGCAACCCGGGACCCCCGGAGGGCCGGCCGGCGGGCAGCCCCGCCCCGCCCGGCUCCCCGCAGGAGGAGCCCCUGCCGGCCGGCCUAGCGGAGCCCAGCCCCGGCCCGCUGGCCUUCACCUCCCACCCCGAGCCCUCCCCGCUCAGCCUGCCCUCGCCCCGCCCCGGGCCCGCAGAGCCUCAGGAGGCCCCCAGCUUGGCGCAGCUGGCCGUGCCGGCCCCGCGGGUCUCGCACCGGAUGCAGCCCCGGGGCUCUUUUUACUCCAUGGUCCCCCAGGACCCGCAGUCCAUCUUCGUCACCAACCCGGUCCCCCUGACGCCCCCGCAGGGCCCGCCCGCGGCCGUACAGCUCUCCUCGGCCGUGAACCUGAUGAGCGGCUCCCAGGUGCACCUCAACACGGCCAGCAAGCCCCUGCCGCCCACCUUCGGCCCGGCCUCCCUCUUCAAUCACUUUAGCAGCCUGUUUGAGAGCAGCCAGGUGCCCGCCAACCAGGGCUGGGGUGACUGCCCGCUGGCCUCGCGCCCGCCCGCCGACCCGUCCUUCGCCGUCCAGUCGACCUUCCUGGGCGGCUCCGUGCUGGGACACUUGGAGAGCGUGCACCCCGACAGCUCCAAGGCCCCCGGGUUCCGGCCGCCCUCCCAGCGUGUGUCCACCAGCCCGGUCGGGUUGCCCUCCAUCGACCCGUCCGGAAGCUCGCCGUCUUCCUCUUCGGCUCCCCUGACCAGUUUUUCCAACCUUCAAGGCACCCGGGUCUUCCUCCAAGGGCCCGCGCCGAUCGGGACUCCCAGCUUCAACAGGCAGCAUUUUUCGCCCCAUCCCUGGACGAGCGCUUCAAACUCAUGUGACUCUCCUAUUCCAUCUGUUUCUUCGGGAUCACCUUCACCCCUUUCAGCUGCCUCCGCUCCACCCACCCUGGGCCAGCCCAAGACCGGCGCCAGUCAGGACCGGAAGGUCCCCCCUCCCAUCGGGACGGAGCGGCUCGCCCGGAUUCGCCAGGGAGGCUCCGUGACCCCGACCCCUCUGGGAACCAACUUCACGGCUCCGGUUGGACACAGCGGGAUCUGGUCGUUCGGCGUCAACAGCGUGUCGGAAGGCCUGUCGGGUUGGUCCCAGCCCGUGAUGGGCAGUCACCCGAUGCAUCAGCAGCUCUCGGACCCGGGCACCUUCUCCCAGCACCAGCCGAUGGAAAGAGACGACUCGGGCAUGGUGGCUCCAUCCAACAUCUUUCACCAGCCCAUGGCCAGCAGCUUUGUGGAUUUCUCUAAAGGUCUGCCCAUCUCCAUGUACGGCGGCACCAUCAUCCCCUCGCACCCUCAGCUGGCCGACGGACCGGGCGGCCCCCUGUUCAACGGACUGCAUAACCCCGACCCCGCCUGGAACCCCAUGAUCAAGGUGGUCCAGAACUCCACCGAAUGUACCGACGCCCAGCAGAUUUGGCCCGGCACGUGGGCACCUCACAUCGGAAACAUGCAUCUCAAAUAUGUCAACUAAGUUUAGAAGGUCUUUCCUCUUUAGCCUUGCUCGGGAAGCCUAUGACCUUGGAAGAACCCUGGGGAUUUUUUUAAAUGUGCCUAACUAAGCAAUUUUCUGUGUGGGCUUUAACAAUGGAAACCUGAUUGCCCCAUUGUGUAAGAACAAAUUGAUUUACCUAUCCAACUGAUUCUGUUCUCCGGUUAGUUUAGCCACCUCGAACCUAAAAUCAGAUGAACUUAGUGCUUCUGGCUAAACCGUACUGAAUGCUACUUGUAUGCAGAAGAGAACUAGAUGAUUACAUGAUUUCACACAACCUUUUAGGGUGGUAAAGACAUGUAUAAUUGUUUACAUACUUAAAAGGAAAAAGUUGAGUAAAUUUCAUGUCGUAUAGUGGCUCCACUUUAUGUAGCCUGUAUUAAUGUGAAAUAUUUACCUGAAUAUUCAAUAAAAAGAUGAACAGUA